AGUGACAUUGAGAAGCAGUAGAGCCUCAAAUUUACACAGACUGGUAGAGGGGAGAGAGGUUUGGGAUUCGCUCAAGGCCAUGGAACGAGACGUAGCUGGGAUUAGAAUUUUUCAGGAUAUGAUGACAGCACUCACCAGACCUUGAGUCUUCGAUACCAGAAAUAGGGCAUUUGGCUUUAUGUCCCGAAUUGCUUUACAAGCAGAGAAGAUGAAUCAUCACCCAGAAUGGUUCAAUGUGUACAACAAGGUCCAGAUAACUCUCACCUCUCAUGACUGUGGUGGACUAACCAAAAGAGAUGUGAAAUUGGCCAAGUUUAUUGACAAAGCAGCUGCUUCUGUGUGAUUUCUUCCAAAAUGCAUAUAAGAUCCUGUGCACGUCUUAGCCAAAAUGUAUUUUUAAGG